UUGCUAACCUCUCUGCUCACCUAAAAAUUACAUCUCUCUGUUUCUUUUGUUGCUCUUUCCUUUUUGAUUUUUUAUGUUUGACCCUUCUGUAUUUCUUCUUUGUGGGUUUAUGAUAAGCCAUUCUUGUUUUUGAGUACGUUUAAUUGCAUUUUCUGAAUUCUGUAUAUUUUGAUGCUAGUCUUCUGAUAUUCUAACUUUUUAAUUCCUUUUCUUUCAACAUUUAAUCUUUGUAGUUGUAACUUUGAAUUCCAGUGCUUUGGAAGCUUGCUGUUCAUUUCUUCUUAAGCUUUUCAAGGAGUUCGUUAGUACAAGUUUCUAUCCUUUAAUCUUUGAUGAUAAUUGUUCUUGUUGUUUAUCUUUAGUUUGAAGUUCUUUACACCAUAUGGUAAUGUUGUUCAUGUUUAGUUUAAAGUUUUUUAUUUUUUUUUAUUUUUUUUUAUUCUUUUUACUUUUGACAAAAAAAGUUAGGAUUUCUACCCAAAUAGUUUAUGGUUCUUUUAGCUUAGUAUACUUGUUUCCUUCUAAUAUGAUUGAGUAGGUUCUUUGAUAUAGGGGUUGGGUUUGAUUUAGGGGAUGUGUGACCUUAGAAAGUCAUGAUUUAGCCAUUCUCACCCUUGCAUAAUGCUUGGCUAUAUGAUUUGGUAUAUUGGAGUUGUGCUAUCUUGACAUUAUUUAUUUAUUUUUAUAUUUUUCUUUUGCUUUGAUGGUCAAGCUAACUAUUCCUAGAAUUGGAGAGCCUCGAAAGAGGUAUCCAUCGCAGUAGUUAGAUUGGUUAACCUUGUGUAUGUAGGAUAAGGGAUAAUUAUUCCUAAAAUUAGGAGACUACUUAGCUAGUAACAUCCUAUCUUGUUGAGGUUAAUUCUCUAUCAAGAGUUGCAAAUGAGGGCUAGAGUCUGGACACCUCCUUAUAAGUCCUCAUCGAUGAUUGAAUUUUCUAAGCAAAGAUUUAGGCUUAGUGAUUAUAGAAAUGUAAGAUCGUUUGAUCUCGUGGAACUAUGACCCUACUUACCAUAACUUAUUCAGUAUUCAUGUUUAGGAUGAACUCGAGUAACUAUGAUCCUACUUACCAUAACACAUCAGGUUUAAGAUGAACUAGAUAAUACUUAGACUAGGCUCAUGACUAUUUGAUUAGAUACCACUCUUUCACCUCUUCUUUAAUAUUAGGGAGGUUUUAUUUGAAUACCUAAUUGCCUUACAUAAAAAAAAUUAUAAACAAAAUAUUACAAAUAGUAGAACAAUUUUUACUUUUUAGUUAUUUAGUCAUUAUGCAUCUCACCUUUUCAUAAGUAAUCAUAUUUAUAUCUUUUUUUUUUUUUUUUUUACAUAUAUGUAUUUUUAUCGAUGAUAUGGUUCACAAUUUACAUAUCAUAAUUAAUGCCCCAAUUUGACUGACACAUGUCUUUGACUAUUAAUAUCUUUUAGAUCAAUAAGUAUAGAUGAUUUUAAAAAUAUUAUUAAGAAAAUUUACAUUGAGUCGAUUCUAACAACUACACACUUAAUUAUGUUUAAUAAGAUGUAUAAGGUACAAAAUUGGUCAAAGUGGUGCAUGUGAAUAGUACAAAAGUCAGACUAGGAAAUUUAUUUUGAAACGGAGGAAGUAUUAGCUUACAAAAAUGAUCUCAUUCAUAACUGCUCCAUAUAUUAGAAUCAUAAUAAAUCUUCUUUAUAAGCUGAAAAUAGCAAACAAACUUAUACCGUCAAAUAUUCAAUUUUCAGAAUAUUUUAAAGUAUUUUUUUCCAUACAAGACAAGCAAAUCAGAAUGUGACACAUAUUAAGCUUACGUCGACUUGCUUGUUUACAUCGUAGUAUAAAGAUAGAUAGAUUGUGAGCUCUAAUGUCAGCCCUCAAAUUUAUGAAGUGUUACUGUUGGCCACCAGUCCACACCCACCAUUUCCAGUGUUAGGAAGUAAAGAUUAAAGGGGGCAUACACAGAAUUUCCAACUUCAUUCAAAUAUGAGUGAAACACAAAUCUUUAAGGAAAGGAUGAAGGCUCUCAUAACCCUAACCAUUCUAGAUGACCUAAUUUUUGUGCAAAUUCUACCCAGGCUUCCGGUAAAAUCCCUAAUUCGAUUCAAAUCUGUUUGCAAGAAUUGGUAUUAUCUUAUUUCUACUCCCAAAUUUGCUAAAUCUCACCUUGAUUUAUCAUUUUCUGCUCCUCAAUUUCUGAUAAUUGAUGGUAUGCCAGGUUUUGAGCUUAAUUUUUACUCGUUAUCUUACGAUGAAUCCAACAAUUUGAAAGAAUUAGUUCAUUUAGAUGCUCAUGUAAGACAUCGUAUGCCACAUCUAGUGUUUGUUGUUGGUUGUUGUAAUGGCUUGGUAUGUUUGUAUUGUCAAAGCGGUUGUGGAUUUUUUUUCUCUUUGUGGAACCCUGCAACUCAUCAAUAUCACAAUAUUUUGUCCCCUAUUGAUGGUUUCAUGGGUAAAGGUGGUUUUGGAUAUGUAUCCGCUAUCGAUGAUUAUAUGAUAGUUGCUGUUAUCCCCACAAGUGCUAUAUUAUCAAAAAACAUCCGUCUUUGGGUGUUCUCGCUGAAAGCUGGAGCGUGGAAAUACUCUGUUUUAUCAUGUGAUAAUGGAUGUGAACCCUUUGAGUUCAUUAAAAUGGACAGGGUUUUAAUUAAUGAUACUCUGUACUGGACCGUUGGAAAAUGGGGAAAUGCUGGAUGCACAAAGAGUAUUAUCUGUUGUAAUUUUGUUGACGAACAAAUAACAGAAAUACCAUUACCAGGAAGUGGUGAUCUUGUUAUUAUGUCUUCUGUGAUUAAUGGGUGCUUAGCACUAUAUCGCUAUAAGAUUGGUCAGCCUCGCGAGGUUUGGAUAUUGAAGCAAAAGAGUGAUGGUAAUUCCCUUGAGAAAUUGUUCUCAGUCCCUUGCAGUAGUGUACUAUACCCCUUGUGGAUGAAUUUCUCCCCAAGUGGCAAGUGUUUGGUUAAACAUGCACGACAGCUCAAGUUGGUUGACCCGGCUGUAGAAGAUAUUGAACCUUUCCAUGGUAUCGAUUUUGAUGAGUCUGUGUUCGCAGUACACCAGCAUGUUGAAAGUCUCAUCUCACCCUUUGGGACUUCUCUUAAUGAUGAAGACAAUGAUGCUAACAUCACAACUUAAAAUAAUCAAAGCGAGUACAUUAUUUUGUAGGUAUUUUAUUUCUACAUGUCCUGUGUAAAUCUCAGCGUGAGGUUGUCUUUUUUAUUUUUAUUUUUAUUGACUGUGUAGUAUUACUGAUAUGGUUGCUUCCAAAUAGCUGUCAAGUUUUGGUCAUUACUACUAUUGUAUGGUAUGCUUGCUUUCUGAUGUUAUCUGCUCCAUUAUUCCUAAACAUUGACAAAGUUUGUAUAUUGUGGAAGCAUAUUAGGACUUAGUAGUAAAUUGCUUUAUCUAUCAUAAUUAAUAUGAAGGAGAUGAUGUUAAAAACACAACACAGGUGAACCAUAGCCAAUUUAUUAUACAUAGCAUCAUAUAUUUUGUGUAGCAAGAGGUAGAAAUCUUGCUAAAUGACUACUUUUUGCACAGUUGCUUUUAAGCAACUAGUACUGAGGUCUGAAGUGUUUUUUUUUGCUGUGUCAAUCUUGAAAUUAUAUAUUUACUUCCUGAUCCAUAAAUUUAAAUUAUUGACUCUUGUCUGUUU